AUUCCUUUAACCAAACACGUUGUGAUGGAGCUCUUUGCCGAUGUCGUUCCUCGCACCGCCGAGAACUUCCGUGCCCUCUGCACCGGGGAGAAAGGCACCGGGAGAUCUGGCAAGCCCCUCCACUACAAGGGCUCAUCUUUUCACCGCGUGAUCCCUAAUUUCAUGUGCCAAGGAGGCGACUUCACCGCUGGAAACGGUACCGGAGGCGAAUCCAUCUACGGAUCCAAGUUCGCCGACGAGAACUUCAUCAAGAAGCAUACCGGUCCCGGUGUUCUCUCAAUGGCUAAUGCUGGACCCGGAACCAACGGAUCUCAGUUCUUCAUCUGCACCGCCAAGACCGAGUGGUUGGACGGAAAGCACGUGGUGUUUGGACAAGUGGUUGAAGGCAUGGACGUGGUUAGAGCCAUCGAGAAAGUUGGGUCUAGCGGUGGAAGGACCUCUAAGCCUGUUGUGGUAGCUGAUUGUGGACAGCUUUUUUAGGGAAAAAAAGCAU